AAACAUGAGAUGAAAAUGAAUUCCUUGCAUAUAAUAGGCACAUGCCCUCCAUCUGUUCUCUCGUUCUCUUGCCAACUCCCCCUCUCUUGACUUGUUCCGUCUCUUUUUCCCUCUGUCUGCGGCAAUUUUCUUCCAAGCCAAAGUCCUCUUCAGGAUUUUGUUUUCCACAAUCUCCGCAAACCCUUCAUUUCCCUUUAUAGAUUUCUCUCAAAAUGAUUACAUUCCACUCUGAACCUUCAUUUACACACAUUUUCAAGACUUUGCCAUUCUAACCAGAUCUUGGAUCUUACUUUUUUCCUUUAAAAUGUCAUAAAGUUUCAAUCUUUUUCACUCCCAGGUGUCAGAGUUUUUCAUUAAAAGAAAAUGGAACACAAGCAUAUGCUUAUACUUAUUAUAGUACCAAGUUCAUUAACUGCUUUAAUUGUUUUGUUGGUAGUGAUCUAUUUCUGUACAAGGAAAAGAAAGGAGAUUGUUUCUAGGGAUGUUGAAGCUAAUUUUGAGGUUAAAGAAAGAGAUGGUUUUGAAAAAGAUUUGUUGAUCAAGUUUCAAGAUGGUGAAGAUCUCACUGUGUAUGAUAUCUUGGAUGCCCCUGGAGAAGUUAUUGGGAAAUCAAGUUAUGGGACUUUAUACAGGGCUAGUUUGCUGAGUAUUGAUAGGCUUACAUUGUUGAGAUUCUUGAGACCAGCUUGCACUGUGACUAUGAAAGAAGUGGUGCCUGUAAUGGAGCUUUUGGGGUCUUUAAGGCAUCCCAAUUUGGUCUCUUUGUGUGCUUUUUAUGCAGGGCAAAGAGGAGAGAAACUGAUGGUACAUCCUUUUUAUCGUCAUGGUACUUUAGCUCAAUUGAUUAGAGAUGGGAACGGUGAGGCUCAUAAAUGGCACAUCAUAUGUAGGAUCUCCAUUGGCAUUGCUCAAGGACUAGACUAUCUUCACACAGACUUGGAAAUUCCCAUAAUCCAUGGAAACCUUAAGUCGAAUAAUAUACUAUUGGAUCGACACUUCAGGCCAUAUGUGUCUGAUUUUGGGUUGCAUCUUCUCUUGAAUCCGACUGCAGGCCAAGAAAUGCUUGAAGCUUCAGCAGCUCAGGGGUACAAAGCCCCUGAAUUGAUCAAGAUGAAAGAAGUUAGUGAAGAAACUGAUAUUUACAGCCUUGGGGUUAUCUUGUUAGAGUUAUUAACAGGGAAAGAACCAUUCUACAGGAAACCAAAUCUUGAUAAGGAUAUUUAUUUGCCUAAUGCCAUUCAAAGUGCAAUUCUUGAUCAUAGAGUUGUCGAGUUUUAUCAUCCACAGAUUCUAGUUAGCCAAACUGACGGCCAAAGGGCAGUUAAUGAAGAUCGUGUUUAUGAAUUCCUUCAGCUUGCAGUAGCUUGUUGUUCUCCCUCACCUGCUCUUAGGCCUACUAUAAAGCAGGUCCUCAGCAAGCUUGAAGAAAUUGGGAAGUAAAAUGAACAAUCUUUCUGCUUCUGCUUGAAGCAUGACCUGUUUCCUCUGACUGACUUGAUCCAAUCAAUCAAUAUCGACAUACUUAAGCAUGCUGAUAUAACACACUGACUUCUUGUGAGGAAUCUGGUUUUUGGGGACAUGUCUUACUUCCCUAUGUGCAAUCACCGCAAGAGAAUGCUAUGAGGCUUUAUAUCAAUUGGCAAGAGCUAUGAAAUUGGUCUUCAAUUUUUUGGUAAAGCAGAAGUUUUCACCUCAAGAAUCAGAAGCAAGAUUCUGGAUCUUGAAGAUUAGCUUCCAAAUUCUCUUGAAGAUUUGAAAAGUUUUAUUUUGCGACUGACACUACAGUCUCACAAAAAAGUGGACCCAAAAGUACAAGACUUGGAUCCACCUUUUUUGUGAGACAAAAAAAAAGUAACAUCGUUUGUGUGAGGCACAUAACAGAGUAGUUAUCCGAUUCGAUUCACAUUGUUGAGGGGUAGGAAGUACAUGUCGCCAUAUGAGCAAGAUAUAUUUGUAAAAUAUAGUCGAUAGUUUAGAGAGUGACUGGUGACGUUUAAUUAGUUUAUUCUGUGAUAACAGACAACAACCAGUGGACUUGUCUUAAUUUCAGAGAAAAUCUGGUGACAGUUGGAAGCUCCAAAGGAUAUGAUCACCACCAACCAGUUAUCAAGUGUUUUGUUUUGUUGGGUUAAAAACUAAAAACAUUAGUUAGAAAAGACGCAUAGUUUCAGCAACAAAACAAAGAAAAGCCAUUUCCCAUCAUUGAAAUUAUUGAUCUGCCAGUUUUGUCAUUGUCCAAAAAGUCCAACACUAUAAGAUUUACAAGCUUACUAUAUAGAUUUGAUUACUGUA